AGAGUUUGCUUUAUCUUUUAAAUCGAAAAUUCGUUAAUAAAAUGUCUGGUCGUCGUGGAAACUUGAUAGAAGGAAAAGUUUAUGUGGGAGGCCUGCCUGAAGAUGCUACAUCUGAAGAGUUGGAUGAUGCUUUCCACAAAUUUGGUCGAAUCCGCAAAAUUUGGGUAGCUCGUCGUCCACCAGGCUUUGCUUUUGUAGAAUUCGAUGACGGUCGAGAUGCUGAGGAUGCAGUACAUGCUUUGGAUGGAUCACGACUCUGCGGCGUUAAAGUUCGUGUAGAACUUGCGGUUGGUGGACGAGGAGGUGGAGGACGUGGUGGCCGCGGGGGUGGUGGUGGAGGCUUCCGUAAUAAUGAUUACCGUGGUGGUGGAGGAGGCGGCGGCGGCGGGAGUCGAUACCGUGAUCGAUCUUAUGAUCGUCGAGAGCGUUCAAGCUUUACAAAAAACUCCCAAUCUUCUCAACUAACUCUUCUCUCCACACUUCCCUUCAUGUUCUUCUUUAUUCAAAUCAUUCUUCACUACCUCACAUUCUGCACCCAAAAAAUAAACAAAUCGCCUCAACGGUUUACAUGCGCCGGAUAA